CCUCUGGAGACUUUUAGAUUCAUUUCGCAAGCCGUGGCGUGAAAAUGUCGGCGACAAAGCUCACGUACCUGGCUCUUCCCGGCCUCGCCGAGGGAAUCCGGUACCUUCUGCACUACGGAGGGGUGCAAUUUGAAGACGAGAGGCUAACACGUGAAGAGGUCGCUGCCAUGAAAGAAAAACUUCCGCUUGGGCAAGUGCCUGUUCUGCAAAUCGAGGGGAAAACGCUGUUCCAGUCGCAGGCAAUCUGCCGCUUUCUCGCCAAAAGAUUCGAUUUGACUGGAAAAGACGAGUGGGACAGCGUGCAGUGCGACAUCGCUGCCGAUACAAUUUACGAAAUAAGGAAUGCGUAUUUGACAUUUUUCCACGAGAAAAACGAGGCGGCGCAAAAGGAAAAGCGCGUGGCUGCCGUUAAAAAGAUCGACUUCAUACUUGGAAAAUUGGAAGGACAUUUGGCCAAGAAUGACGGUCACUUCGUCAAAGGACAACUCACGUGGCCGGAUUUCAUGAUUGCUGCUUUUUCCGAACACAUCAACAGCAGGACCGGCCGAGAUAUGUUUGCUGCAAAACCACUGCUGAGUGCACUCAGAGAUGAGAUCAACGCACUGCCAGCGAUUAAGGCCUACAUCGAAAAACGUCCAAAAUAUUAACACACGGUGGCGAGUUUUAAUUUAGUUGAAUUGUUUAAAAAUUAAUAAAAAUGAAGUAGUGCAACAUUA